AUGUGGACUGUUUUUGCUCCAGAUCAAAAUCAACUGUAUGCGCUGUAUAUGCAUCGCUGCGGUGCGCAUGGCGUUGGCAAGCCGAGUAGGGAGAUGCUUGCAUUACUCACGGAGGAUGACAAGGCGUGGCAAUCGCGAGUGACGGAAGAGGCCCAUCAGCGCGGCGUAAAGGUAGAAGAUCUACAGGAAAUAGAGGGCGAUACGGUGGAGCGCCAAAGAGAGCGUGAGUCGGUUACACCACUGGCAUUUCAUCGCGUGUUUCGGUUGACCCCUUUCAUUGCAAAUAACGAGAGGGACGGCUCAGCUGCCCGUAUACAUGUGGGAGCUCGUGGGUUGUUAGCUAUAUUAGACGUGGUUCGUGAGUUACCCUUCCUUGAAGUUCUUGACCUUUCGAACCUCACUUCACUGUUCCUCGCGGACACGUACCAGUAUGACGGUGUGAAGGGGAACGAUGUGAUCUCUGCGUUGUGCUCAAUAGCCGCGACGCAUCCGUCACUUCGAGUGAUUGAUGUACGGGGCCAACCACUCGGAACGUUGGCUGCCCAUCAUUUUCUAGAGCUACUGAAAGAAAAUACCCGUAUUCAAGAGGUACACUAUGAUACCGAUGCAGUUGCCUGCCACCUCGUUGCAGCCAUUAACAAACAACAGGAAAAAAACGCUGCCACCCCUCGGCAGCCGCCGAAACUUCCGCAGGAACCUUCGGAUAUGAUACGGCGUAUGCCUUUUCUUGAUCGUAAGACCGUUAAAGAACAGCAAUUGCUGAGGCGCCUUGUGGAGUCGGAGACCGGCAUAGGUGAUGUGAUGUCUGAGGAGGAGGUCAGCACGUUUGUGCUGUAUGCUCGCACGAUGUCCACAACGGAAGUUAUUACGCGCAGUAGGGGACUACUCGGCGACGGCAUUCACCUAUUUCUGCUUAAAUCUGGUGUCAUCCGCGCCGCAGCUGAAGCGCGUGGCUUCGAGAUGCGUCGUGGUGACUUUUUCGGUGAUACACACGGUGACAUACUCUUUAGUCAAAAUCUUCUUCAAGAGGUUGAGCGUGGCGUGGUGUACGCCAUUCCUAUUGAACACUGUGGCGCACUGCGUGCUGUUUGGGCACGCCGUGUGGCUGCACACUAUAGCACACUAAAAUACAACACAUUGCUUCAAGCAGUCGAUGUGUGGACGAGGCUACGCACCUGCUGUUGUUCUGUGUCCCGCGUGUUCGAAGAAGGGGAGGAAGUUAUUGCAAAGGGUGAUCCCUUCAAGGGGCUGUUCCUCGUCGUCUCGGGUGUUUUUAGUGUUAUUGGCUGUGCAGGUGCUCGAGUAGGUGGGAAGGAAUUUACCGUCGGGGAUGCCUUCGGUGAGGAGCCGCUAUUGACUAGACGUGAAUGCAGCUCUGUGACGAUUGUUGCUGGCAAAAAUGAAAGCAGCGGUGAGAACUGCUGUUUAGUUGUGGAGGGGUGUGCGGCUCGAAUACUCUUCAAUUACCUUCGGCCGGUGCUGCUGACGCUCGUCUCGGCAUAUUCCCAACAUGAGGAACUGCAACCCGUCCAAAAGUGA